GGAUGGGACGUGUUGAUGUAUCUCGGUGGGUGGGUUGACUAGGCCAAAUCCGCUCGCCUCGGUUAGUCCUUUUUCUGUCUGUUAUCCCGGUAUGGGGGACAUGAAAACCCCAGAUUUUGACGACCUGUUGGCGGCGUUCGACAUUCCCGACAUCGAUGCCAAAGAGGCAAUCCAGUCGGCCCCCGAGGACGUGGAGGGCCACCACGGCGGGAAGUCGUCGGGGGCCCCGGGGGGCCCGUCCCUCAGGCCCUCCAGCCCUUCGGAUGGCCAGAGCCUGCCCCAGGGGGACACCCCCAUCAUCAGCGUGAUCGUGAAGAACCGGGUCCGCCCCGAGACAGAGCCGGAGUCGGACAAGGAGGGCACGGACGGCGGCGGGGGCGCGGCCGGGGUCGCGGGCCCCCGCCUGGGCCCCAGGAUUCCGCCGUUGGUCUCGUCCGAGCCUCUGAGCCAGUCCGUCAACGGGUUCGUAGCCGCGGCGGCAUCGGCGGACCCCCUGCUGCGUCAGACCCAGGCCCCCGCCAACGGGGAGCUGUGGCCUCCGUGCUCCCCGAAAACGGCGGCGGAGGGGGGCGGGGCGGGGGCCGGCGCCGGGUCGGCCAAAGCGCCCCGCCAGUCCGGCGGCGUCCCGAGCAGACUGAAGCCCCUGGUUCCUGGCGAGCUGGCGGGGAAGGGUCGAAAAACGCUGCUGCAGCUCCACAGUGCGGCGGGCGGGUCGGACGAAGGCAAGGCCCCCGCCUCAUCGUUUGGCCACUCGUCCUCCGAGGCCCCCAGCAUCCCCGCGGCGUCCUCCGGCCUGACUCCCCCUUUCUUUCCCCCUCCCAAACCCGCGCCCCCCUCCACCCCCCCGUCCUCCGCCGCUGCCCACCUGUCGCGUCCCAGGACGCUCACGUCGCCCCCGUCGGACUCCUCCCCGCCGUUUAACGGCGCCCAGAGGGGCAGCAGUCCGGCCGCCGGCCGGCCCGUCGCGUUCCGCCGCCUGGAGUCGGACGACGAGGACUCGGAACCGGACCUGGGAAGUCCGCUGGUGAUCCAGGAGAGCCCCGAUUCCCCCGCCUGCACGCCUCCCAAACUGUCCCGUCGCCACAGGUCGUCUUCGGAGACCUUCGGCUCUCCCACCCCGCCCCGCCAGAUCCCCCCGGCAGCCGACUACGGCAGACCUGGAGAGGCGGCCCCUGGGCCCCGCACGCCCUCCCCGCCCGCCUCCCCCCGGCCCCCCGAGGGCUGGCCGAAGGCCCGCCCCGCCGGCUCCAGCCCGGCGCACGAGGAGCGGAACCCCGAGCACGUAAUUGAGGAGAGGGACUCGCCGGAGAGCCCCGAACCGGAGGCCCCGAACCGCUCUGCUGCCACGGCAACCGCCAAGAGGAGCUCCAGCCCUGCCGCGGCGCCGCCCGAGAGCUCCCACAAGGUCAAAGACGAGGAUGAAGAGGAGGAGGAGGAAGAGGAUGAAGAGGAGGAGGAGGAGGAGGAAGAAGAGGAGGAGGAAGAGGAUAUGGAGGGAGUGAAGGAGGAGGGCGAUGGGGAGGAGGAGCAAGAGGCCAUGGACUGCAAGGCAGGCGGCCAUCUUGGUUCAGAGAGCGAGGUGGGGGAGGGCGGCGUACCGAAGGAAGUGAAGGCGGAGCCUAAGAGUGAGGCGGCGGGUGGGAAGGAGGCUGUCGCCAGGGGCAAAACGGCCCCUCAGGGAACCGCCGGCGUUUCCAUGAGGACUGGUGGAAAGGGCCCCUCUCGGCCCCUCAAGGUCCGAAUCAAGACCAUAAAAACCCCCACCGGGAGCAUCACCAGAACCGUGACCCGGGUGGCGAACAAGGGGGCGGCCGGCGUGCCGGGGGGCAAGGGUUUGGACCCGGCCAAGGCCCAGCCGGAAGGGCGCAAGGUGGUGAGCAGGCCCCGGAGGAUGGUGGACGCCUCGGGCGGGAACGCGCUCGGACCCCAGCAGCAGAGCGCCAAGACCGCCAUGCUUCCCGUGUCCACGCUGCAGGACGCCAGCUCCGCCAUGCUGGUGGCCGCCAGCAAGGCCCAGAACAAGAUGGUGGCCACCUCCGCCUCCUCCUCCUCGGAGAAAGCCAAGGUCUCCGCCACGGCCGUCAGCAUCACGAAGUCCGCCACCCUCCCGGCGGUCUCCACCUCCUCCGCCGCCUCCCCGAAGUUCGCCAUGGGCGCGGCCACGAUCGGGGUGCGCCAGGCGGGGCAGAAGGCCCUGAACGGGGGCGGGACCGCCCAGUCCGCCGGGGGCCACCAGGUGUCCAAACCGGCGUCCAUCGUGAACAGCACCGGGGCGGUGAUCUCCCGCAGCCAGUCCAGCCUGGUGGAGGCGUUCAACAAGAUCCUCAACAGCAAGAACCUGCUGCCCAGCUACCGGCCGGACCUCUCCACGCCCCCGCCGCCGGAGUGGAGCCUGCCCCUGCCCGCCAACGGCUACCGCUGCCUGGAGUGCGGCGACGCCUUCGCCCUGGAGCGCAGCCUGGCCCGGCACUACGACCGGCGUUCGCUGCGCAUCGAGGUCACCUGCAACCACUGCGCCAAGCGGCUGGCCUUCUUCAACAAGUGCAGCCUGCUGCUGCACGCGCGCGAGCACAAGGAGCGCGGCCUGGUCAUGCAGUGCUCCCACCUCGUCAUGCGCCCCGUCUCCAUCGAGCAGAUGAUCGGCCAGCAGGACACCACGCCCAUCGGCAUGCUCUCCCCAUCCCUUACCUCUCCCUCCGUUUCGACAUCCUCCUCCACCCCGCCGGCAGCUGGAACCGGCCCCGCGGGCCCCAGCCCGUCCAAGGAGACGCCCGCGGCCCCUCCGGGCCCGCCCCGCCGGGCCCCCGAAAGCCCCCAGGCCCUGCUGCCCCUGCCCUGCAAGAAGGGGGACGUGCUCCAGUACCACAACUUCAAGUGUCCCGAGUGCCACGCCCAGUUCGGCGGGAAGGCGGAGCUGGUGGCGCACUUCCAGGAGAUCAAGGCCACUUCCAACACCACCUGCAUGCUCUGCUCUCCGGCGAUGAUGCUGCCGAACGGCUGCAGCACGGCGGCCCACCAGCGGUUCCACAAGCACCGCUCGCCCCACGUGUGCCCCGAGUGCGGGGGCAUCGCCCGGCAGGCCAGCUUCCAGACCCACCUGGAGGAGUCCUGCCUGCACUUCGCCCGCCGCAUCGGCUACAGGUGCUCCAGCUGCCAGGUGGUUUUUGGAGGCCUGAACUCCAUCAAGUCCCACAUCCAGACAGCUCACUGCGAGGUCUUCCACAAGUGCCCCAACUGCCCCAUGGCCUUCAAAUCUGCCCCCAGUGCCCAGGGGCACAUCAGCACCCAGCACCCCAACCUCACCGCCCCACAGGCAAAGAUGAUCUACAAGUGCGUGAUGUGCGACACGGUCUUUACCCAGAAACCCCUGCUUUACAUGCAUUUCGACACCCACCUGGCCAAGCAGAAGGUGCACGUCUUCAAGUGUCCUGAUUGCACCAAGCUCUACGCGCAGAAAGGUUCCAUGAUGGAGCAUAUGAAGACUACUCACAGAGGGCUGUCAGUCAAGCAGGAGGCCGUCAAGGAGGACUCCGGCCCCGCCCCCCGGGCCGCCCCGCCCGCCGCCCCGCCGAAAGCCAAGCCCCCCAGCAAGGCGGAGAGCUCGGACGGGGAGGACUGGGGCGGGGAGCAGGAGCAGGAGGAGGAGGACGAGGAGGAGGAGGACGGGGACGACGGAGGGGACGGGGGCGACGAGGACGCGGACGACCCGCCCAGCUCCCCCGAGUCGGGCGCGGCGGGGGCGCGGCCCAGGGAGCCGGCCGAGUGGAGCUGCAGGCAGUGCCAGACCCGCUACGCCGAGCGCGAGGACUACAUCUCCCACAUGAGGAAGGAGCACGGCAAGUCGGUGAAGAAGUUCCCGUGUCGCAUGUGUGAGCGGUCCUUCUGCUCCGCCCCCAGCCUGCGCCGCCACGUACGGGUCAACCACGAAGGCAUCAAGAGAGUCUUCCACUGCCCGCACUGCACGGAGGGGAAGCGGACCUUCAGCAGCCGGCUCAUCCUGGGGAAGCACAUCCGGGUUCGUCACGGCAGCCAGUCCCGAAACCAGAGCCACAGGCAGCCCAGAGAAGGCCAGGGCGCUGUUCAGACGCGGAAGCGUUCGGCCUCCGGGCGGCUCCUGGACGAGACCAUGGGCAGCUCCUCGGAGCCGGACGGCGAGGGCGGGCCCCGGGCCCUGGGGGGCGGAGCCACGGAGGAGGAAGAGGAGGCGGGCGCGGCGGCGGGGGGGGGAGGGGACGAGAGCGGGGCGGAGGCCGCGGUCAGCCCCGUGAAGCGGCCGAGGGCCGCCCCGGCGCCCGCCGUCCCGGAGGACACGGCCUUCCGCUGCGUGCCCUGCGGGUUCUCCACGGAGGACCAGCAGGAGUUCCUCCGCCACAUCCCCCAGCACCGGCCCGACCCGGCCUCCCAGCAGUGCUCGCACUGCGGGGCCUGCUUCGCCUCGGCCACCUCCCUCAGCCGGCACCGCUUCAUCACCCACCGCGUGCGCGACGCCCCCGCCGAGGCGGCCCCCGCGGCCGGCCAGGCCGACGCCCACGCGGGGGGCGGGGCCCGGCCGGGGGGCGGGGCCUCGGCGCCGUCCGACGCCGCGCUGCACGCCGGCUCCUCCCCCGACUCGCCGUCGCCCCUGCAGCUGGGCGAGGACGCCGAGGGCCGCGUGGGCUGCCGCGUCUGCGGCCGGCGCUUCGACAGGGCCGCGGACCUCAGCACGCACUUCCGAACUCACGGCAUGGCCUUCAUCGCCGCGCACAAGACGGACAGGCCAGUGUAG